AGCUACCUCACUUCAUCUGCAUCACAAUCUCCAGCACAUUGACAUCACUCCCCCACCCGCCUAGCUCUGCGUGUGCAAGCAGAAAGAAACCACACCGCUCCCUAGCGCCACCACCUCUCCCACCCAUCAAACAUCCCCCCCACCCACAGCCACAAUGUCGACCGCCAUCCACGCCAUGUCGGACGACCAAGUCGCCAGCGAGCUCCGCAAAAUGACCGCCUUCAUCCGGCAAGAAGCGCUGGAAAAAGCGCGCGAAAUCCACCUCAAAGCCGACGAGGAAUUCAGCAUCGAAAAGUCCAAACUCGUGCGCGGCGACACGGCGCGCAUCGACGCCGAGUACGAGAAGAAGUUCAAGCAGGCCGGCAUGAGUCAGCAGAUUACCAAGUCGACGCUGGCGAACAAGAUGCGGUUGCGCGUGUUGAGUGCAAGGCAGGAGUUGCUUGAUUCGCUUUUUGAGGAUGCUGGGGGGAAGCUGGGGGAGGCGGCGAAGAAGGCGAAGGGCGGGUAUGAGGCUGUGCUGAAGAAUUUGGUGCUGGAGGGGUUGUAUGGGAUGAAUGAGAAGAAGGUCACGGUGAGGUGUCGGGAGAAGGACGAGAAGGCUGUGAAGAAGGCGGCGGAGGAGGCGGCGAAGGAGUACAAGGAGAAUAUGGAUGGAAAGGAGGUGGAGGUGGUGAUUGAUAAGGAGCGAUUGCCCGAGGGGUCACCCGGCGGCGUCAUCAUCUUCAACGGCACCGGCAAAAUCGACAUCAACAACACGCUCGACGAACGUCUGAAGCUGCUGGAAAUCGAGGCCCUCCCUUCGGUGCGGGAGACGCUGUUUGGCGAGAAUAAGAACCGCAAGUUCAAGGAUUAAUGGGAGCAAUGUCACACACGCACAUCGAAGGUCAGGCAUCCAGCAGGGGGUAUGGCUUGUGGAAACCAGUUUCUGGAACUCUGUACAGCUGUCGGAAUUAGACUUGUCAAAUUGAAGCGUUCAGCUUAUUCGCCUCUCCCUUUCUAUCAUCUAUUUCAUCACGCUUGAAACACAGCGGGGUAUAUGAUUACGCCUCUCCUCUCUCCUCCUCUAAUACCACCUUUUCAUCCCCAUCCCCAUCCCCAUCCUCAAACCUCACCACCCUGCCAACACCACGUCCACCCCCCUCCCCAGCCUUCGCCAAAAACCCCC